AAAGAAAUUGGCUUCAGAUGUAAAAAGAGUUGCAAAAACUUCAGCAAGUAUAUGACAAGAAGAACAAGCACUCAUGUUAUAAGAUGGAACAAAGACUCCAUGUUUGCAGUGGUCUGCAGUGUGUAUCAAGAUGUCUAGUGUAGUACCUUCUACUCCUGAAGUCUCUCCAAAGUCUGUCAUGGCAGACUUGGAAUUAGGAAAACUCACAGAAAUGAAAACACAGGGCUCUCCAUCCAUAUGGCAAAAGGCAAUAGCAGAGUUUCUAGGAACAUACAUUCUGAUAUUCAUAGGAUGUGGAUCAGCAUUCAUUGAUCAACAGAACAACAUAACCAUAGUAGGCAUAGCACUGGCUUGGGGAGUGGUCAUCACUGCCAUGGUCUACACCUUCGGUCACAUCUCCGGUGCUCAUCUCAACCCCGCCGUCACUCUUGCUUUCGCCUCCGGCCUUGGAUUCCCAUUCAAACAAAUUCCUGUCUAUGUGAUAUCUCAAUUCCUUGGUGCCAUACUUUCAAGCAUAAGUUUGAGAGCUUUGUUCAAAGAAACCAGUCCUGGUGUAAUGCUAACACUCCCAAAUUCCUUGCAGAAUGAUCUCACCGUCAUUGCAUGGGAGAUCAUCAUAUCAUUCAUCUUAAUGCUUGUCAUCUGCAGCGCAGCCACCGAUCACCGGGCGCCAAAAGAGCUUUGUGGUGUUGCAAUAGGAGCAGCCAUAUUCAUCAAUGUCCUCAUUGCAGGGAAAGUGACUGGAGCUUCCAUGAAUCCUGCAAGGAGUUUAGGACCAGCCAUUGCUGCAAAGAACUACAACAAGCUUUGGAUGUACAUUGUUGCACCAACAAUUGGCACAAUUACUGCAUCCUCAGUCUACAAACUCCUCACUCUGUCUCCAGAAACCAUAAACAGGAUUGGAAACAAACAACAAACUUAAGUCUUUCUUGCAUAAAUAGCAUUAAUAUUUAAAGAUGAACAAUAAAUCAAUUCAACAAAGAUGAAUUAUUUGUCUUUUAUCACUCCAUGAAAUCAAACAGUCAGUCAAAUUAGUAACCAGCAUUCCAAGAAGAAACGAGCGAGAGAAGUUUUUAAAAAAGAAAAAACCCAUGGAAAUUAAUCAUGAGAGUACGUUAGAGCCACGUCGGCAUUGCAUGCACCAUGAAAAUAUAGAAACGAUCUCCAUCGUCCACGUCCUCAAGUAGUACUUCAAUGGUCUUCUCAAGAACAUGCCUUCCUUCAUUGAUUCAUAGUCAACGUCUUUCAUAGUUGACGCCCGCCAUUGCCAGAGCUUCAAGAGAAGCAGCCAUGACUUCCAAGAAUGCUGCCAAAUGAAGGGGUUGGUGGUUCUAGAAUUAUUUUUUAGGGUUUUAGAUAAUAACUGCCUGAGUGUUUGUUUAAAUUGGUAUGUCUGUUAUUAUUUAUCUGUUUUCAUAAAUUUUUAAAUAUAUUU